AUGAGACUAGCACUCGGACCUGGCGCACCAGACGAUCGCAAUUGGGCUGAUUUCAUAGAUGCGAUGAACACAACUGGAGAUCAGGGAGACUACUUGCCAGUAAUCGGAAACUUUUCUCUACACAAGGUAGAGCCGCGGUUGAAACACAAAGAAGACUUCGACACAUGGUAUCAUAGUGUUGUCAACAUUCUCCGGGGCCGUGGUCUACAUCGCCUAAUCAAUACGGCUCUCGAGAAACCAAUGAGGAAUUCUCCGAACGCAGAGGCAUGGAUGAAUAUGUCGAUGCAGGUAUCAGCAUGGCUAGAAUACUGCAUUGAUCCGGAAGUCGUGCGAAAAAUUACGUCAAGGGGGGAAGAAACAACAUUCGCCGACGACUUCAUGCGCCAGUGUAAGCUUCAUAUGCGAGGCGAAGGACAUGGAGCUCUCAGCGCAGCGAUAAUAAAGUUUAUCAACACAAAGCGUACGGAAUUUACAACGGCAAGCGAGUUCAUUAACGUCGUUCAACAGAGAUACAAGAAGGCAAACGAUCUGAAAGCAGGCUUUGCUCCAUACGUUCCGAUGGUGAUCAUGAUAUCUCAGCUGCAGGAGACCCCGGAGCUUCGAACCUCAAUUGAAAUUCGAAACCACGAGAUGGAGAAUAUCAAGGAUCCGGUGAAGGAGAUUUCGAGCAUGGAUUUCUUAAAAUUCUGUGUGGAUAUGCACGACAAGAUCAGACAAUGUGGAAUUGACGGUUGGAAUUGA